UCAUAGCUUGACAGGUCCACACACAAGCAUCAAUCAGUCUUUGUGCUCGCCGGUCCGGAUGUCAUCUCCACGGCAAAUGCGUGUCAAAACGUCCGACUUGUGCCCGCCAGAUCUGCAUAAGCUACAUACAACAUACGUGAGGCACAAACUCACGACUGCAGCACCCUGAAAUUCGACCCACUGUAUGCAACCGCGUUAUUGACACCCACUGUGACGACGUUCUCACCUUCCCGCAGCCAAUAGCAGGAUCCUGUUAUGGUCGAGAAAUAUGUGCAGCGAAGUGCGAACCUCUACUCUAAUGUGGGAGGCGUGUUGCAAAAGUCCGUCAAUCCACCCCCAGAGGAUAUCGAAUACCGAUCUGUUCCCUCCUCCUCUUCCUCCUCCAAGUUCGGCAGUCCUGGUGUCGCGCUGUCUGCUGUGUCUCCGCGGUUUUGAUGUGACUGCCUCUCUCUUCUGGCCGAUGACAUGA